GGUUUAUUUCAUUGGCGUCGUUCGCGGGUGAAGGAAGCUUACAGCUCGUCAGCUAGCUCCACUUCUUUCAACCAUGCUGCUCGCGACCUUUUCCUCCUUCUUGGUAGUUUUGUUGACCGUCAAGCCGGUAUUCUGUGCUUUCGGUGCAGAUAUUUCGCCUGACAACGCAGAUACCAGGUUUUCUGUAAUGGGUAAAGUCACCAAAGACGAAUUCAACGUAACUAAUGGCGUCGUUGACUUGAAGCUGAACGUACAAGACACAGAAAAUGUCUAUGAAUUUUGGAUUCUUGAUUUUCAGGAAUUCAAAUUUAUUCAGAAUGCCUACCCAAUUGACGAAACCACAGGCAACCUGGUUUCGGGACGAACCGGCGAAUGCUCUUCUGUAUACGAAGAUUCCACUUUUCCUACUUACUUUGAGGAUGGCUAUUUCACAGACAAAGUCGAUGGGGAACUAGCAAGUAAAAAACUAUUCACAGAGUUCGUGAGGGGAACUGUAGACGCUAACAACAAAAGAACCGACCAAAUUAUUUUUGAAGGCGACAUGGGUACAUUCUUUUCUUGCCUGAAGUCUGAUGGAAUAACAAACAUCUGGCAAGUGGCCGGCUCAAAUUCCGACGAAAUCGAAUACCGAACUAAGCUGUAUGCAACCAACGUACGACCAAAAGACGAUGCCGUGGCGACUGCUGGUAUAUCGUUUGUUCAAUCCCAUAUAGAAUUGAUCUGGCGAUUAUCGCGUACAGCGAUAGGAAAGUUCAUAAUAAGUUCAACUGCCAUAUUGAAACCGAUCUUCGAGUUCGCUAUUGUGAGUACUGUGUAUGAUGCAGCUGGUGACCCCAUACCAACACAGGCCAGACUCAAACUGAGAUUCACGACAAUUGUGGACUCGGAUGCUAAAAUGGUAGUCUACAAAGCAAAUGAAGUAGAUUAUAUUCCUGACAACGCUGAUCACAACUUGAUAACUAUUGAAAAAUCUCCCGCCACAACUAUUACAACCGUACCGACAUGUAUUAUGGUAACAGAUAUUAUUGGUACGGACCAGCAAUACCAGUGUCACCAGACUUGGGAAUUUCAAUUUCUGUUGUCGAUUUCCACCGAUAACAUUGACAAUAAUGUACCAAUUGAUGCCAGCGGAGUGUUCGAAUUCCUGUUUGAUACCUAUACAUGUACAAACGUUGGCGGUGUGAUCGAUGUAAGCACUUGUAUUCUCGACGACGGAGAACCAGCAAAGUUGUCUGCCGCAAUAACAAUUCAAACUACUGUCUUGCUCGAAGACGCGGAAGAUGAUAAAGUAACUAUCACGUUAGUCUCUCUGAGAGGUGCCAAUAAUGACGAAUUCAGUGCAGAUGGCGCGAGAGGAGUCUUGCAUAAGGAAGAAGUUACAUUGGACGUGAAGUUCUCGCCCGCACUAUUAAGAGCAGACUACACGCUUAAAUUGAUGUUAUUUAUGGUUUGCAGAGGAUCAGAAUACUCGACCCCUUCAUACCCCGAUGGCUGUCUUGCAGCGCCUUCACUAGACAGGUAUGUAGCACACGUAGAUGACGAAUUUUCCUUCGGUCGUCCCGCCAUUGGUGCUCCCAGUUUUGAUGGUUUGGACGUCGUAUCUGAUUUCACACAAGCUUUGUCAAGCCAUGCAUAUGUGCAGCUCGACGGUGAUGGAAACUUGAUGCCAGUUCCACUUCACAGAUCGGUGUUCGUCAACCUAGCAUUGUCGGCAGUUUCUUGCCACCUAUACAAUAACUGCAGUUUACAGAUUAGAAGAGAAAAUUACAAGACGGAAAGAAGGCUAUCGGCUACAACAUUGAUUCAAUACUAAAGGCCGGGGACGUCGUCGUGCACCAUGCAGUCAGUGACAAUAAAAUCGUAGACACAAGGAUUCAUCGCGCGAUUGAAGAGAGCGCCGCAAAAUCCCAUUCUAAAAGCAUUCCCUACUAUGCUAUCGGUUGUCCCGAAUUCUCCACUCACUACCCAGAAGAGAGAGAAUGUGAAUGUCCUGACUACAUGUAUUACGAUUUGAAAUCUUACCAAUGCGAGAGCCGGUUUAAAGAAUAUGUUGGUACUGAUGACGGUAGCAAUUUAAAAUCUUGUUUUUCUGGCUCUGUACUUGUAUUUAUUGUGUCGUUAUUAAUGUUUAAUGCAUAUUGAAUUGACACUAAUAACGAAAAUGAAUAAGUCGCAAUUAUAGUACUGUAAUUGUCCGUACGCUUAUUCAGUGCAGUUUGUUUCUAUAAUACAUCAUAAUUUAAGUCUAUUUGUACGUAUACAUUUUAUUUUUAAAUUAUAUUUAUUAAAAUAUUCUUCCACAAACCA